AUGUCCAGCGCAGUUCAGAGCAAGCAGCAACAACACGAGAAGAGCUUCCUCCAGAAGUACCCUAUCUUGGUCGACUUCAUGACUGGUGGUACCUCUGCUGCUAUCUCUAAGACCUUGGUGGCCCCCAUAGAGCGUGUCAAGAUGGUCCUCCAGACGCAAGAUUCUAAUCCCGACAUUGUCUCUGGCAAGGUCGCCCGUUACAACGGCAUUGGCGACUGCUUCAUGCGAUGCUGCAAAGAGCAAGGCGUGUCCAGUCUUUGGAGAGGCAACUUGACCAACGUCCUCCGUUACUUCCCCACCCAGGCAUUCAACUUCGCCUUCAAGGACAGCAUCAAGAGCAUGUUCCCCAAGUACGAUCCCCAUAGCCAGUUCUGGAAGUUCCUCGCUUCCAAUGUCUUCUCUGGUGCUGCUGCCGGGGCCGGUUCUCUUUGUAUCGUCUAUCCUCUCGAUUACGCUCGUACCCGUCUUGCUGCUGAUGUUGGCAAGGGAUCUGAUCGUGAGUUCAAGGGUCUCAUCGAUGUCAUCACUAAGACCUGCCAGAGGACUGGUUUCUGGUCCAUGUACCAGGGCUUCAGCAUGUCCAUUCAAGGCAUCAUCUUCUAUCGUGGUGCCUACUUCGGUCUAUAUGAUACCAUCAAGCCCCUUGUGUUCAAGGAUGAGAAGAAUGCUAAUGUUAUUGCUAAGUUCGUUCUUGCCCAGAGUGUCACUGCUGUUUCUGGUUUGGUAUCUUAUCCCUUCGAUACUGUCCGUCGUCGUAUGAUGAUGAUGGCCGGUCGUGGUGGUAACGCUGUGCAGUACUCUUCCAACUGGGACUGCUGGGUCAAGGUCUUCCAGGAGGAGGGUGUCCCUGGUUUCUUCAAGGGUGGUCUCUCUAACAUGCUCCGUGGUGUCGGCGCUGCUUUGGUUCUUGUGUUCUAUGAUGAGUUCAAGAACGCUAUCAACAAUAAGAUAGCUCAGAACAACCAGUAA